GUCUGGAGGGCCGCGGGGCUCCCGCCGCCGUCCCCUGCCUGGACACAGCCCUCGUGCCCCAGGAUGCUGAGAGCCGCCCCGGGCAGGGCCCGGUGCCACGCGCUGCCCGCGACGGUGCUGCUGCUCCUCGUCUACCUGGCCUAUCUGGCGCUGGGCACCGGCGUCUUCUGGAUGCUGGAGGGCCCCGCGGCCAUGAACUCCACCGCCAAGUUCGAGCAAGUCCGGAGGGAGCUGCUGCAGGCCUUCCCGUGCCUGGGCGACCCGGCGCUGGACUCGCUGAUCCGGGACAUCGUCCAAGAGUACAAAAGAGGGACGCUCGCUCUUAGCAACACCACCAGCAUGGGACGCUGGGAGUUCGUGGGCUCCUUCUUCUUUUCCGUGUCCACCAUCACCACCAUUGGCUACGGCAACCUGAGCCCCCACACGAUGGCCGCCCGCCUCUUCUGCAUCUUCUUCGCUCUUGUGGGGAUCCCCCUCAACCUGGUGGUGCUCAACCAGCUGGGGCGCCUCAUGAAGCGGGGUGUGCACGGCUGCGCUCGCAGGCUGGGGAACACCUGGCAGGACCCGACCAAGGCCCGGUGGCUGGCAGGCUCGGGCGCCCUCGCCUCAGGGCUCCUGCUCUUCCUGCUGCUGCCGCCGCUGCUCUUCUCCAGCAUGGAGGGCUGGUCCUACGUGGAGAGCUUCUACUUCGCCUUCAUGACACUCAGCACCGUGGGCUUCGGGGACUACGUGAUCGGGAUGGACCCCUCCCGGACAUACCCGCUGUGGUACAAGAACACUGUGUCUCUGUGGAUCCUCUUUGGGAUGGCGUGGCUGGCCCUCAUCAUCCAACUCAUCCUGUCCCUGCUGGAGAGCCCCCGGAGACCUUGUUCCUGCUACCACCGUGGCGACACUGGGGACUUCAGGCCCCAGAGCUGGAGGCAGGGGGCGAAGGGGGAGACAGAGCCCCGUUCCCCACAGCCAGGCUGCUGUCUGGAGGGGCCCCCGGGAGUCCCACAGCCCCAGGAAGCCUCUGCUCGAGCUGGGUGUCGUGGGAAGAAUAGCUGAUUGACUCCAGGCUUGCUCCGUCUUCUCCAGCCAUACCGUCCUUGCUGUCACCUUGGCGCGUGACCGCCAGACUAAAGAUAUUUGUUUCUUUCUAGAGACUAGAUAUCGCUGUAUGAUUACAUUUCCCCCAAUAGGAUGCACAAAGAAAUGCUCUGUGUGACUUCUGGUUGUGCCGUUCUCAGGGAAGGAUGGGCGGCAGCUGCUCCCCUCCCCUGCUUCCUCAUCUAGCCGGCAGUGUGGUUACGGUGGCCAGUGUGCUGGCCGCCACGUUGCACUAGGAGGCAGAGACCAGGCAAGAGGGAGGGGACACCAUCCCGGAGCCUGAUGUUUACAGAGUCGCUCCAACCAAGGUGGACGGGAUGCCAGCAGAACUCCCUGACGUGGGAAAUAAACAACUCUCACUUAAUACUCAGGUAUUUCUGUCACCCACAAUCAAACCUCAUCUCGACACGCUGAAGAGACAGAGGCAGCCUCCGAGACCAGAGUCACACCGAGAAACUCACCCAGAGCUGGGGAGAAGGCAGGUUGAGUAGCAGGGCGCCGCUCCGGGCACUGGAUGGCUACUACCACCAUGGUUGGCAUGGCCAGAGCACUUCCAGGCGGGCUGUCGUACUUCUGCUGAAAAGUCUCACUUGGGGCUGCUUCUGAGUGACGCACAGCCUUGUACCAGACACACACCCGAGUGCCCAGACCCCUCACUCGCACCAGCACUGGGUGUGCUGGGCUCUCGGCCCGAGUGGGCAUCUGCUUAUUUCCUUCCCUGCAACAUCCUCCAGGGACCCAGGAGCUCUAUGGGGCUUCUCCCUCUGGACAAACCCUCAGCCUCAGGUGUCCUGGACCUGGCCAGGGACAGUCUUUUGGCCAAGGAAGAAGGAAGUGUUGUUACACUGCCCUGUUCAUGCCAUCUGCUUGCGACCCUCAGCAGACCAAGGCCAGACCCGCAACAAACACCUGUGAUCACACACCGGCUCCUGUGUCUGCUUCUGGGCCAGGCAAGGAAGGACUUGUUAGGAUGAGGAGGGGGUUGCUGGAAGCCUGCAGGGCACAUCCUAACACCCCAGAAAGGGGGGCUAGCAGCCCCUUUCUCAUUCAUGGCCUGUCUCUCUCUGGCCAAAGUCUCUCUCUCAUCAUCUAUCCACAUGCACCCGGCUCAGAAACAUCUGGCCCAG